AUGUCUUCAGAAGAAAAUAAGAGUAUGUAUAUCAGAAUAUAGAUAAUAUGUAGUGUUUUUAAAUACAUCAGUUUUUAGAAUUAAUAUAAUUAUAUAUAGCAAAUAUUAAUAUUACUAAUAUAUAAAGUAUGAUGUCAUAUUCUGCCAUUGCAGUGAAUUGAUAAUAUACCAAAUGCCUGUUUGCAUUACAUGUAAUACACAUUUUGGAUAAAGUCAUAUUUUCAUUUGGCAUUUUCUGCAAUACACAGAAUUAUUUUAACGAGAGGAAAUUGAAAGUGAUAAAUCAUAAAUGUACCUCCCACACACUUAAGGCUUCCUGUUUUGUGAAGCCUUGCUAUUUAUAAUAAGCAAGAAGCUGUAGAUGUUGUAGACAACCAUCUUGUCGGUAUUGUAAUACCAAGUACAUGCAGCAACCGAUUCAAAAUUAUUUAAAGGUAGCUGGGUACAUGCAAUCUGUAUGUAAACAAAGCCUUUACAUUUCAGAAUUCAAAAUAUUGAACUUUAAUUUGACAACUAUUUAUAUUUUCAUGCUUCUACAGUAUAAUAAAUGAUCAAGAUACAACAAUCAGGCUUUGCAAGAAUAUAAAGUUAAAUAAAAACCUAAUUAUAAAGUGUUUAUAUCACGGCAGGAGACUCCUAUGUGCGCAUGCGCAGACCUAGCCUGCGUGGCAGGCCUAUAGGAUAGCGCAGACCGGACUGUACCCUAUCUUUAAGGGACUCAACCCCGCUCGCCAAUGACAGCUAUGAUGCUGGACAAAAUAUCUAUAGUCCUCGCAAUUUUCGGCGGCAAAAGGCAAGUGUUUUGUAAACACUUUUAGUUUUGUGACUUAUUUUAAAAUACAUCUAAAGUUAUGAUAUACUUCUUGUAUAAACUUUAAGUUCAAACAUACAUACAAUCUUAGAACAACGUCCGUAGUGUAACAAAGUUAAAACUAACAGUGUGAAACAAGGUUUCCUUGAAUAUCAAACACUUUUAAUUGGUAGAAUCAAGAGAAUACUAAAUAUAAAAUAAUACUAAUACUAAAUAUGACAAAAAAUUGCUCCCGACCUUCGUAAAAUCAGCGGCAAUUUUUUGCCGCCGAAUAUUUAUCAAAAUUGCAAGGACUGUAUCUAUGAGCAAGAAAUAAUCAAAGUGUUGUUUGGAAUUAUUUAGAUGAAGGAAGUGCAGAGGAUAGCACAGCUGGUGCCACUGGGGAGUCGGAUGAAAAAAGUUCAAGUGAUGGUACAUGAUGAUAAACCAAUUACAGUCAAAUCUCUCAUUAUAGCAAGAGUGAAAAUCUAUUGCAAAAAGUGGGGUUGGGGGGUUGGAGCUGGCCAGAAACAUCGUACUCCCCCACAGAGGAAAUUGGAUGUUAAGCCCCCUACCCCCUUUACAUGUCUUAAUACACUUACCAGAAAUACAUUUUUCUCCCCUCCCCCUAUGGGCAAUAGAAAUUUUUCUCCAUGGGGGCGUGGAUCUUUUCAGCAGGAAUGACCCAGUAUGGAUUAAUUAUAUUAUGAAUGUCCCAAAAGUGAGGGGUGCAUCCCCCAUCCCCCUCCAGGAUUUUUACCCAUGCACUCAUUAAUACAACCACUUAAUUUUCUGUUUCCUGUCAUAUUAGGGAGGGUCAAUUGUAUUGGCAUUACAGCAAAGGGCCAUUACCUUUAAUAUCCCCCACACACACACACCCACCCACCCCUAAGUGCUGAUACAAAAAAAACCUCAGAAAUUGGUAAAUUUGUAAUUUAUGCUGUUGUCUAUCCAGAUCUUCCAAGCUUUCUUCAAGGACUUCUUGCAAGACUGGGAAUAAGUAAACCUGGUGACACAGAGCAGGAGCCUGAGCACGAGCAAGUUCUUGAAGAAGUUACAUUUGAGGGAAUUGCAAAAUAUAUCCAGACUGAGAAAUGUACGAAAUAUGGAAAUAAUCAAUAAAUUGUGAAUUAUGACAUAAUUGUACAUUUUGAAGCAUGUUUACAUCUAGAACACUAGCAGUAUGCUCCCUUCUCUUGCAAACCAAUUUUAUUACUUUCUUUUUAUACUCUUGUAUAAUUACCAUAAAUCCUCACUUUAUUCAAAUGUAGGUACCCCUUAACCCAUUAAGCUGCAAUGUACCCAAUAUGCAGCAGACUUAUUAUUAUACUCUGUCUAAUGCCAGAUAAUUUUACUUGUCAAGGGAAGAGUCUUGCACAUAAACCACCAUGAGUCCCAUUAUAGCCAUUCCGAAGUUGAUGAGUGAACUGGGGACGAGUGUUAAAAAGUGCCCAAAUUAAGAAAUGAACCAAAUCACCUCUAUACAAAGUUUGAAGACGUUUACAUGAAUACCCUUCGAAUAACAAGCUUUCGAAAAUCGCGAUAUUCACUAUGAAAUGUACUGUAAUUUGUGUUUUUGGGACGCACAUCCCAAAAACAAUCUUUUAAUCACUAAUUUCACAAUUUUCGAAAGCUUAUUAUUUGAAGGGUAUUCAUGUAAACGUAUUCAAAUUUUGCAUACUUACUAAUUUUGAGGUGGUCUUUUUAGUGAUUUGGUUCAUUUCUUAAUUUGGGCACUUUUUAACAUUCGUCCCCAGUCUACUCAUCAACUUCAGAAUGGAUAAUUGUGCAACAAAUGUAUUUUCAUAUAAUGCAUCUUUCUUUGUUUGAGCCAAAUUAAUAAGCUGUUACCCCCUAGCUAUUUAUUUAGCCCUCCCCCUUUUCCAGUAACCCAAAUAAAUAGCACAGCUAGAUUUCAAAUUUUCCAGGUGACAUGCUAUAGUACUCAUCUAAUACUACAAUGUUACCUGGAAAAUUUAUUAGUAUUCCUACUUUUCACAGUAAUUCACCAUUAUGUAAUUUUGAAACUUUUGUGUCCCAGGUCGACGCAUAGUAACAAUGGCAGGUGCAGGAAUUUCAACCGCUGCUGGUAUUCCAGAUUUCCGAAGUCCAGGCAGUGGCUUGUAUGAUAACCUACAGCAGUAUAACCUUCCUUAUCCCGAAGCAAUUUUUGAAAUUGGAUUUUUUCAUGUAUGUUUGGACGUUUAUGUAAAUUCUAAAUAUACAAAGAAAUAUACAACGUCAUGUGGAGGUCAAGGGAGAAGGACGGCUUUUAUAUUGUUUUAUAUUACCUCUUAUAAAUUAUAAUAGUCAUUUAAAUACGAUGUGUUGACAGCCAUUUUGUUUUUUUGUUGUUUUAGUUGACUUUUGUUCAAAGAUUGAUUCCCACUUGAGUUAAAUCAUGCUAAAAAUUGCCUGUUAAACAUCUUGUUCAAGCUAUGGCAAUUGACCAUUUGCGUAAAAGACUAAAUUUUGAUCUAAACAAGUCUAGACAAAAGUUUCGUCACAGCUUGAAAGAGCAUCACAAAACUAGUAAUAUUCCAAAGUUUCGUUGCGAAAUGUUGUAAAAUGUGGAUAAUAUAGCCUUGCGAAGUUUGCAAUUUUCAGUCAUUUUAGAUUACAAACGGGAAAUUGACAGCCCCAAAGGGUAUCGGGCUGUCAAUUUCCCGUUUGUAAUCUAAAAAUUUAGUCUAUUACGCAAGCUAUGGCAAUUUAUCAAUGUUUUUUGUUUAGUCAAAUCCUGAACCAUUUUUUAAACUGUCUAAAGAACUGUACCCUGGAAACUUCAAGGUUAGGCCAGACGUUUGUAUUACUUGUUAUUUAAACACUAGUACAAUGUCAAUGAUGCUCUUUAUUUGAAUUUAAUUUUCUUUUUCACACAACUAGCCAACAACGUCGCAUUAUUUUAUCCGUUUACUGCAUGAAAAAGGAUUGCUUUUACGUCACUAUACUCAGGUAUGCUCUCCGAAAUACACCAAGAAAGUACUUUACUUUGGUUAUAGAGCCUCGUUUUCGUUAUGUGACAUUAGUUGAAGCCUAAAGGCUGCAUUCCAGUUACGCGUUUUUCAUACGCACGUAAAAGUUGAAUUCGCUUAAAAUUUCAUGUAAGUGCAAAUAACCUUAACAAAUACACAUUAAAUCAUACACAAAACUGAAUGCUGUCCUUUUAUAAAUUUAGUUAUUUCAUAAGUAGGAUGUAAAGCGAAUUCAACUUUUACGUGCGUGUACGCACGUAUGAAAAACGCGUAACUGGAAUGCAGCCUUAAAGGCACGUGUUUACACUUGCAAUUUUUGCUGCGAUUUCUAGCAGGGCAUUUUUUAACUAUAUAACUGGGGGGGCCAAAGCCCCCCCAGCCCCCAUGGUGGCCCCCACUCAACCAUUUUGGCCCCCCCAGUCAAAGUCCCUUUUCUCUAAAAUAUAAGCAAAACAUUGAAUUUAGAAGGGAGGUUUGAUAUUCUAGUAACUGAAAUUUGCUUUGUGAAUCUUAUGUCCUGUCUUUUAUGUUUAAUAAACAUCUUAUUAGAUUUUAAACAUUUCCCAGGCAGUAGAUUGCAUUUCCCAGACCCUAUAGAGUUUGAGUUGUUGGACAAGUUAGUGACCGCAGGGGGCAACAGGCCCUCAACCAUGUGUUUUAUAAGGGGGGGGGAUAAUUUUGGCCCCCACCAAAAAAAAACAAUUUGAUUUCGAUACUAGAAGUUUUUGAAAUCAUAUAUACAUAUAAUCAAAUAUCUGUAAUCGAUAUUUUGAUAACAUUUCUCGUAAUAAUCCAUCCUGACUCGCGGAUAUCGAUCAAGACGAUCAUAGACUCACAAAUCAUAAUGAACGAAUUAAUGAAAGGGCCAAACAAAAGACGUAUAGAAGACUUUGAAAAUGCCAUUUCCGAUGAUUUAGAGACGCAAAAUUUUCAAAAUUUUUCCACUCUGUGCCAACCAUGGUGGCGCUUCGUGGGAGUCGGGAACUCUAAGUUUAUCAAGCUGGCUCCCUAAGUGACUGCCAAGUUGUGGUAUCUACAUAAACAUACUAUGCAAGUACUUAACUGCAGGUUCAGUCUAUCUACAGCAUAAUGUAAUGCUGUAUAUCCAAAAAUCUGUUUCAGAAAAUGCAGGGAAUUGCAGUCAUAGGGGUAGAAAAAUACAAAAAUUUUCUGGGGGAGAAAACCCCAGACCCUCUCCAGGGCCGUAGCAACCGCGCCCGGUGGUGGGGGGCUGGGGGGCUGCAGCCCCCAGUAAUUUGCUAAUAAUCAUUCAUUUUUUAAAAUCAUGCAAACCUUUAUUAUUUAAUCCAUGACAAACUGCAAAGAAUGAAGAUAUUACCCAUACUUUCCUGCAACUUAUCCAAUAUAUUGUUAAUUAAAUACACCUUCGUCCAUUUAGUACUACUGAAUUCUAAAUUUCCACAUACUAAAAACGCUGUAUUCUGACAAUCAGAAAUCUGUCAAAUCUUCCCCAAAGUCCAGGAAAUGGCAUUUCAGAGACUCUAAAUUUAAAAAUUUCCUCGGGCCUUCGGCCCUCGCUUUCAGCCCCCCCCCCCAAACGAAAAGAGCUUCCUAAGGCCCUGCUCUCACCCCCCCUACUAUUAAAUGCGAUACCACACCAAACUUUUUGUUACCAACAAACCAUCUAUCAUUGCUCCACACUCGGUAUGGUAUGGUCCCUUUUUGUAGAUGGCCCCCCCACUGACGAAUUCUUAAAAAAUGCCCUGAUUUCUAGUGCGAUUUUCUUCUGAUGAUGGAUGUGAACGAGUAGACGAAGUUAUGAAUGUUGAGACACAGAAUAGAUACCGGACCAGAAGGGACACUUCUAUGUGUUUUGACUGAAAGAAAACGUCCGAAUUUUUUUUACGUGCAAUGACGCCAUCCUGGAGUGCACACGGCACUUUGUACCUAUGUUUUCCUAUGAAAAACCUCCGUGUGCACUCCAGGAUGGCGUCAUAUGAUGGCGUAUUUUCACGUCAGCACUCGUAAAAUUUGGGACAAAAUAUCGUCUGAGUGACACUUCUGGUCCUGUAUCUAUUCUGUGGUUGAGAUGAGGGUCAUCAUCUGCAGCCCAGCAAAAUGUGUAUCACUUAAAAAUGCAUUAAACGCUUAAAAAUACUUAUAAAAUUCGUCUCAAUUUUGCUAUCAAGCGAAUGAGCUACACAAACAAAUCGCUUGAUAGCAAAUUGAGACGAACUUUAUAGGUAUUUUUAAGCGUUUAAUGCAUUUUUAAGUGAAUACACAUUUUGCUGGGCUGCCUAUGGGAACAUGUACUCAGAACAUUAAUAGCUCAUCCACUCAUUCACAUACAUUAGAAGAAGGAAAUCGCAGCAAAACUUGUAAACGACGAGCCUUAACGUCUCGACCAUGAAAACGAGGCUCUGCACCUCACGUGACGUACUUUCUGGAAGGGUGUAUUACGUUGCAACUUUCAUAAAAAAAUGACGCACGUGGUAACAUGACCUUGAAGUGCGUCUGUAUAAAAUUUAGAACAUUGACACACUGGAGCGGCUCGCUGGUGUUCCUGGAGAACAAUUGGUGGAGGCUCACGGGACAUUUUAUACAGCACAUUGUUUAAAAUGUCGCAAAAUGUAUACACAGGAUUGGAUCAAAAGUGAGCAGACAUGUCAUCUAGAUUUAGACAGACAGUGUAUUACCUAUGUGUAUUACAUGUAAAAUAAUAGAAAGUUGAGCUACUUUCAAGUAACAAACGAUUUGAUUUUAGACGAAAUUCUUGCUGACAAUCUUCCAACGUGUGAAAAAGAUAAUUGCGACGGCGUAGUAAAACCAGGUAUAACAAAGUAUAGAAGUUAUCAUUUCAAGUUUAUACAUUAUAUAACUGUUUAAAACUUUUUAUUUUGAAGAUAUUGUAUUCUUUGGUGAAAGUUUGCCCGAACGCUUCUCAAGUUGUGUUUCAAAGGUAAAUACAGUACGUUGCGUAUGUGCAGUAUGUCACUGCAGGCCUUAAAAUAUCGGUCGGUCACGGACAUUGUCUGACCCACUCGUGAAAUUGUCCGACGUAGAGAGGAAACCACCGGACAUUCCGUCCGACCAAAGUGAAACUGAGGUUUAUAACGUUUAUUGUUUGUCCGACCCAAGUGAAUUGGUGUCCGACCGAACUAUAGCUUUGUCCGACGUACUAUUGUAUAAAAGGUGUACUGGAAAUGUUGUUUUAACGUAGUCGAGCGCGGGGCGGCGAGCGAAAUG